AUGGUCCACCCCAACACCACCUGCUGCAAGUCCUCCCAGGGCGCUGAGUGCGUCUGCGCCGCUCAGGCCAAGUGCUCCUGCGGCAAGGAGAGCGCUCUCCACUGCUCCUGCAACAAGGCUUCCACUGAGAACGCCGUCUCCGGUCCCCGCUGCUCGUGCCGCGCCCGUCCCGCUGGUCAGUGCACCUGCGAGCGCUCGGUCACCGAGAACAAGGCCGUUGAGGGCGCCGCCUGCGCUUGUGGCAGCCGUCCUUCUACUUCCUGCACUUGCGAGAAGGCAGAGGGUGUCGAGUCUGCCCUGGAGCAGGAUUUCACCACCCGCGCUUAA